AUGUCGUCACCGCCUCAGGGAAGGCGUCGAAGAGUCAAUUCGGAAGUGCAUCGUGAUCUGCAGGAUUUCAAUCAUGCUUCGUUGGAUGGAACGACCCUUUCAGCCAAUCGCCCGAAUACUGUUAGACUGAGGAGCAAGAAACGACACGUCUAUCAUGGAUUGGAAUUAUGCUGGCCUAUUCAUCAUGAUCGCAAGAAUCACCACCGCCAUGAUGGAAAGAAUGGACCAAAGCUCAAUCUACUACUGUUGGUGAUGUGCUGCUUUGUCAUUGUUCCUCUUUGUUAUGUCAAGGUGGCUUAUUAUGUGGCCUUUGCAGGAUCUGACAGGUCUCCUGAUAAUCGCAGCAGUGCUGAUGUCCAUCCAAAUGUUCGGGGAAGCCCCAGGAGUCCAUCACUGCCACAAGAUGAGAAUGGCAAGACCCAUCAAGUUCCCCGCAUUUUGAUCUUCACACACUAUCGCGACCUGUUGAACACACCGUUGGAGGAUUUGGCAGAUGAAGAAGAGAAAAUGCUCGCCACCAACAUCCACCAUUCUAUCAACAUUCACCAGUCGUCCAGUACGAAUGGCUUUCAAGACGAUGGAAGAUUGAACGAUGUUAAACCUCCUCAAGUAGGUCCCACCCAAGUUCGUUUUCUAACAGACGAGGAUUGCUUGCAAUCCUUGCAAAAGGUCUUUCCAGCAUUGAUCCCUUAUUUUCUCAAUGAGACGCAAGGAAUGUUCAAGGCAGACAUUUGCCGAGGAAGUGCUCUAUUCGAAACGGGCGGGAUUUAUUUGGAUGUAGAUGUUGGAGUGCGUGCCGAUCUUUGGUACGAUCUAUUGCAGACCACCGAAUUCUUUACAUCCCUCGUACAUCGACAAUCAAAGUACCCGGGUCACUUUUUCCAAGCCAUUCUCGGUGCAGCUCCCAAGAGUCCCAUCAUUUACAGGUACUUGGAGCUAUUUCUGGAUCAUUACACACACAAGGAAUAUGUGGACAGUGGACCCUUAGGGGUGAUUCUUUUGCGCAGAGCAUGGGAUGCUGUAUACGACGAGAAACUUGAAUCUCCGCCCACGGAGCUCUACCAGGAAGUCUUGUACCAUCCCAAAGCCUUCCCGAACCUGCAUCCAGCACCAACUUGGGGAGUACGUCGUGCCUGUCACUUUGUAGUGGUUGCUCGUGCCCACAAGGAAAACACUGUGGAAUUCACAAUCCAACCUCGGAGUACCAACGGCACGGCCACAGAUCAUGAUUUGAAGGCUCGAAAGUAUCGCAUUCCCCUGUACAGUCGGGUUGGAGGCAGUCGAAUGUGCCCCAUCAAAGGUGCUGCUAUUAAUGGCACUUCUUUGUAA